UAGAAAUGUUUAAUCGCGAUGGAUUAUCUUACUUGCUAGUUCACGGAACUAUUAUUCUGUCUACGAUCUAUCUGUCGUAUCUAUCCAACCCGGGAUCAAGUCUUUUCAGCUGGCACCCAUUUUUAAUGACUUUUAGUAUGCUGUUUUUGGCAAAUGAAUUGGUUAUGAUUUUUUCACCUUAUUGGUCCCUUCUACCAAAGAGAUUUCAAAAACAGCUAUUUAUGGAUUUCCAUACUUACGGUCAGGUAGUUGCUUUCAUUGGCUACAGCAUUGGUUUUGCUGCCAUUUACAUCAACAAGGAAGAUAAUGAAAAACCACACUUCAAAAGUUGGCAUGGUCUUCUUGGGCUCAUUCAAGCAAUAAUCAUAACAAGUCAGUUGUCACUAGGUUCUCUUGCCAAAUAUGCAAGAUACAUCCCUUUGAAACUUAAUGUUGGCAAGAUAAAGGGUUUUCACAAUUUGCUUGGUGCAGUGGCCAUCUUGUUUACUUCACUCAACAUGAUCACUGCCUGUUUCACCAAUUUCUUUUCAUCCCAAACACACAUACUCCUCGCCUACGUCUUUUCUGCCGCAUUCAUCCUCAUUUAUGGAUUUGUUUCUCUCCGUGUUUUCAUGACAAACAGCCGAAUCGCCCAACUUUUCAAGUAGGAUUCCGGCCUUGCAGCUCAAUGAAGUCUUCCUGUGGCUCGGUGCUUUAUUUUCUUUAUCAGAUACCAAAAGUGCACUUAAUUUUGGGAAUUGUUGUUUGAAUGCUUCCUUAUGAUAACCAUUGAUUGAUUAUUAUUAAAGACAAUGAACAAUA